GAGUGCACUGUGUAGCAGGGAGAAGAAGAAAAAGAAGAAGAAGAAGAAGAAUUGAAGAUGUGCAAGGAGUUAUUAAUUCGUUUAAAAAGAUGAUUGGUGUGGUGGGAGUUCUAUCUCGACCAGUCGUUGUGUAUAAAUACUAGACAGAUUUUUGUUUCAGUAUCAGUUCUGGCGUGAUAUACCAUCUUGGAAUAACUCUUCUGUUAGAAAACAACCCCUCAACACAUCAACAUGAAGCUGAUCAUCUGUGUAGCUGCACUGGCUGUGGCGUGCGUGUCAGCUCAGAGGAGGCCCGGACCAGCUGCCUCUUACAGCAACCUCAACGAUGUUCCCAUUGUGUCAUUCCAGAACGAGCAUAACUACGACGGAUCAUACAAAUACAGCUACGAAACAGGCAACGGCAUCCAAGCCUCCGAGGAGGGCUACCUGAAGAACCCCGGCCAGAAGGACUUGGAGGCGCAGUACUCGGCGGGCACCUACUCGUACACCGCCCCCGACGGAACACCAAUCACCGUGAGGUGGGUGGCUGACGAGACAGGAUUCCACGCCGAGGGCGCACACCUUCCCACGCCGCCCCCAAUCCCCGAGGCCAUCGCCAGGGCUCUCCAGCAGCAGGCCGCUCCAGCUCAGCAGCCUAGGCCGUUCGGAAAGUAAGGGGCGCAAAAAAUAGGACGGGAGGAUCUUCAACACAGGAAUACCACAUAGGGACUGGAUUAUGGAGAAAAACUGGGGAGUACUUGGAGAGAUUCAGAGUGUGAAAGGAUCAUGAGAGGUUUCCUUUUUCAGGAAAUCUUGAAGGAUCACAGGAGUAUCUUCUUCAUGGAGUUUUCAAUUUUUCAUGUAGAGGGUUAUGAUGAUGAAAACCUCAAAAACUUCAGUAACUGAAUUUUGUUUGGAACUCCCUCAUCUACGAAAAACCAACUUUGACCAAAUUUAUUGUGAGUCUUAAGUCUCCAAUAAACCACAAUACUGGAGACUGAAGAUAUAAUGAUUUGCUAAGCUUUAUGUAAAUAGCUUCUAUCACUAGAUUAUGUGCAUGAAAAUAAUUUACGUCACAAAAUUUGUAAUUAGACCAUACCAAUCAUUAGACUGAUAUCGUCCUGCGUGUAUCAUGUGAAAUUUUUGAACGAAAUUGUAUAAUGAUGCUCAAUACCAAUCGAACUACUCUUGUAAUAUUUCAUGAAUUUUUACUUCUCCAAUCAUAUAUAUGUUAGCUUUAAUUUUUUGUACUGCAUGACUUUUCUACCAGCAAUAAACAAGAAGUGUUCAAGAAAAAUUUUGAAACUA